GCCGAUUCUGUGUUCUAUGUAUUCUUUAGCACAAUUCCCCCAUCGUAUGCACCAUAUCCUGUUGCCUCUCCUUGAAUAACUCAGGAUAACCAGUAGCACCCUCCUCCCUCCUCUGUCGAUAGUGCUUCCUCAGUCUCGUCAGUCUGCCUCAGCCUCGGACUUGCAGGCCAUAGUAGUUGUUUGUUAUAUUUUCAGGGGGUUAUUGACAUCAAAUAUAACAACCAUCGUUUGUGUAACUGUAUUCGUCCAAUCAAAGUGAAGAAGAAGAACACUUCUGACGAAAGAGCCCUCAGAACCCUUAUCCCGCUUCUCAGUUCAAUAGAUCAAUUGAGUUAUGACAUACGACAUCCCCAUCUCCUGAGUCUCGUGUCUUCCAGAAUCUCGACUUCCGCUGUUGUACUCAGUUAUUUUACGUACUCCCCCAUCAGCCGGACUGGCCUCCAUUAUAUCAAGCGAUAAUCUUAAUUCCUCAAUUCCUACCACUGUCUAGAAGAUUGAGCAAGGAGAACGUAAAGACGAAUUGUUCUCGAGUCAGAAAAAUCUUCAAAAGUACUAGAGGAUCCCCCACGACUAACAACUGCACUAGCUCGAUUUACUAUGUCACUUAACAACAUUCCGAAUCUACCAAUAGCUAUUACUUCGCCGAUCAACACCAUCAAUCGGCGUCAGAGAAGUAAUACUUCCCCGACCCAAUCGCUCUCUGCAUUGAGGGCAGAACCAGCAAAUGACGCCUUAUUACCUCAUCCGUCUGCGCCAACGCCCGAUCACUAUUACGAGCUUCCGCAACUGACGCGGGAAGGAGGCAGACAAGACGAACAGAGACACGAACAGCAGAUCUUAAGCGGCAACAACGGCAAUCCAACAAACCCCUUAUCGUCUUCAUUAUCACAUCAUACACGCUCCUUGAAAAGAGAAGCCAAUUCGCCUGUUUACCUGGAUCAUAACACGAUUUCAUUAGCCAGCUCCAACAAUCACUCGUACUUCUUCGGUCCUGAUAAUAACACUUACUUGACGCGUAGAGUGGUUCAAUGUAAUUCAGACAGGAUCAGAUCAUCGGAUUCUGAUGUGACAUCGAUUUCUUCUCAGGAUGAAACUUUCAAUUUCCAACGGAAGUCAAUCAACAAUAGCAGAGUUGUUAGCACCAAAAACAGGAAGAAAACUCACGGACAGAGAAACAAAUGGACAACCGAAGAGACUCAGGCACUUGUCAGGGGCUGUAACAAUUUCGCAAUCGGACAAUGGAAGGCAAUCCGAGAUUCGGAGCCAGAAUUAUCCAAACGUUCCCCGGGUGAUUUGAAAGAUCGAUUCAGAACCUAUUUUCCGGAUGCUUAUAGAAAACAUUAUCCCAAUGCCAAGACUCAUAUCUCAUCUAGAGUGAGAUCAGUGGAUUCCAAUGGUAACCCAUUAUUUGGCGAGAACGCGGUCAGACGCGAGCGGAAACAAUUUAGUGCUGAAGAGGAUGCAGCUUUGAAGCGUGGCUAUAUAAAGUUCGGCACGGCUUGGAGCUCGAUUCAAAGGGAUCCGAUCUUGGCUUCUCGGAAAGCUACUGAUUUGAGAGACAGAUUUCGGAACGCAUUCCCAGACCUCUAUAUCGCUGCCGGUUAUAAACCUCGGUCAAGGAAGGCAUCUGGCUCGAAUGUGCUUGAUUUUUUGGCAGACCCAAAUGAGCAGCAUGGGACAUUUGAGGCCAUCGAUUUAUCAGUCUACCCACCUCACCCCUCCCGGGCAACGAGUCACUUGCACCCAAACCAAUAUCAACUCCCCUCAUUGGAUUUCCUCAAAGCGCAUGGUGCAGAUGCAUUCUCCGACUUUGGCAUGAUGCUUUCAAAUCCCGAGAUGUCUGUUGGAGAUGAUGCCGGUUCACAGGACCACCCUCAGCUCAUGUUGGCUGCAACCCUUAGUCCGGCUUUACCACCCCAUCUCACCAACAUGACCCCUCGGCCCAACAUCACCACCCCACGCCCAAAUGACACGACCCCUCGACCACGCAAGAUUGUAGCCUCAACGACGACGGAAGAGCUCGACGCGGCGUCUGUUGGCUCGAGCGAGAAGGCUUUUCAUUCCCUAGUGUCGGUGCCCACCAAAGCUCCCUGCAAAACACUCCACAAGACUCAAAGCUCGAUGGACUUAACUCAGUUGUCGAAUUUGCACUUGGUCGACUCGAAUUUCAAUUUUACAGCAAUGCCACAUCAUAUGCAUGCUGCUGGCAUGUACUCACCAACGUCUACAGACUAUCUAGAUUACGGUGGUAUUUCCACAGGGCAAUUCCCAGAAAGUCAGUUCUUCCAGAGUCUCGCGUCCAAACUGUCCCUUCAACCUGGAACCAAUCACGUAGAAACCGGAGGGAAUUUCGGCAUCACCGAGUCUCCCACUUUGGGUCAAUUUGAGCACGAUUUCGGCGCAGGGACAACAAUGAAUGAUACCACUGACUGGUUACGUGAGUUAGAUGUUGGACCACAAACUUUCCCUGGUGGAUUUGAUAUAAGCGGGUUCGUAAAUGAGAAGAUCUUUGAAAGUCCAGACGGAGGUUCCUGUGGAUCUUCAUUGAUAUCUCCGGAUCCUUCGAAGGAGUCGAUAGAUGAUAGAGUUGUUUACACCGGCGAUGGUAACAACUUUCUUCCGUCUCCGCCAGCCGGUCACUCCUUCACAUCCCAGCAAUCCUUAUCGCCACACCGAUCUCAAUUACAUCUAAUGUCUAUGUCAUCGCCGCAAGCUCAAGAGCUUUUCCUUAACGGACACUUUGUUGAAAAUACUCACCAUUCAACUCAUGAACUCCCGAAUCAGGAAACCAGUAUGAACCUGGACCGAUCCAACCUACAUCCUGGUCAACUCGAACAACCAGGUCAUCUGUACCAACACCAUCACGGACACUUGAUGAAUAGCGAACACUUGAACCAAAUCACUCUAUGUCCGUCCCUCAUGACUUCGGACCUAAAUUCACCCCUACCCUGCUCUCCGACAUCACCUGCUUCUGCUUCGUCCGCAAUCAACCCGCCUUCUUCGACUUCGCCGCUGUCUUUGAUAUCUUCCCCAAUGAGUAAUCAGUUGGAUUUGUUGAAUAUGUAAAAAAAACGGAAAUAAAUUGGACAUUUAAAAAAGAACAAAUCUCGAGCAUGAUACAUAUACUAUUCUGCAGCUUCGUUACAACUGUCGUUUUCUUUCCUUGUCCCCACUUUCUGUGACAAUUAACUCAAUACGUAACAUGAGAACUGAUCAUACACACAAACCACUUAACCCUUCCUCCGCCUCUGCCUCCGGAUUCAUGGCUUCUUUGCUUCUUCCUCAUCAGAUAAAUUUGUUACAGUUUCCGCUUUAAUCUGUAUCCUCAUGCUAUGAUAUUUCCAUUUUUAUGUUUGAAAAAAAUAGCUUCCAAAAUUGAUACAAGAUGUAUGAACAGUAUGAUUAUCUGCAAUAGCUCAAGAGGUUGUUAAAAUUACUUUACUACUUCCUCAUUAUUUUUUUUUCUUUGGUAUGUCAUAUCUUGGGAGUUUCUUUCAUGCUUGAUCCAAUAUUUCUUGAAUGCUCUUUUCUUCCUUUCUGCUAUCGUCAUGUUCUUCUGUGAUCACAUCCUCUAUAUUUUUUUCAUUGUUUAUAUUUUAUAGUCUAAUGGCGGGAAGCACUGUAGGACACACAAAUGUCGUUAUAAGUAGCGGCUCAAAAUUCUUAAAUCCGUGAUCAGUGCAAUCCAUUAAAUACAUGUCUUUCUGUGGCUAUCUUGAAAUAUGUGUAUACAUAUACAUCUUGUUUGUGUCUUUUGGUGAUUUACUUGAUUUGGUGUGUGUGUGGAAUGAACUCAUUGCUUAGGAAUGUCUCCAAAAAUUCUCCAGGUCAGCU